GCCAGCUCACUCGAGAGUAAGCAAGCACGCAGAUAAUAGCGGGAUGAGCAGUGGAGAGGGUGUGGUCGGGGAGAGCGAGUUCCAGGACCGUGUGGUCAAGCUCAACGUCGGUGGCGUGCGGCACAUGACGCACCUGUCGACGCUGACGGGCGGCGGGAAGCAGAAUAACUUUUCUCGGCUCUGCUCUCCGGCCGGCACGCGGUAGAGACCGACGAUGAUGGCUAUGUGUUCAUCGAUCGGAACGGCAAACACUUUGAUGCCAUCCUCGACUUUCUUCGCUCCGGAUCGUUCGAGGUCCCGCCCGGCUGCUCAGAGACGAGGCUCAUGGAGGAGGUCGAGUACUAUGGCCUGAUGUCGUUUGGAUCGCUGUCUCAGGCCUCACCGGUUCCCCCGGUCUCAGACGCCGAUAUUGAGGAGAUGCUGGUCGAGCGCAAGGCUGCAGAGUACGAGGCCAAUGCGCCGAUGCUGGAUCCCAUCCGCGAUGUCAUCUUUGCCACCUUUCGCGAUGCUGUCGAGAGCGGCAACCCGCUGUCGUUGACGAUUGUGCCGUCGCGAGAGCGCCUGCGCGCCAUCGCCGAGGUCCGCGACGGCGAGGUACAGUACUCGGACCGGCUCGAGUACUCGCUCGUCGGGCCUGACAACGAUCGCCCGCGCACAGUCCUCAUCCGCGACGACGAUGCCAUCGCCACCCUCGAGGUCCCGGACAGCGUCAACACCCUGCUCUUCUCGCUCAAGCACACCCACGGUCUGAGCGUCGACGUGGGUGAAUUUGUUCUUUAUCUCAAGCGCAACGCAACCGGUGCUUUCUGGCUCACUGACAUCCGCGCUGGCGCCUGGUCAGUGCACACACGAUACUACGUCUUCUCGUGGGCACGCAAGGCGGUGUGAUCGACUCUGGCUUUGUCACCCUUGGCGCAUGGUUCAAAAUGCCAAGAAAGUGUCGAGAGCAUAGUCAACGCUGGCUUCGCGUGGCGCCUUGUAGGGGCGCUCGAGGCAAGUCUGAAUGGCCUCAUUAAGACCUUCGAGGCACGGCAUGAUCAAGCUCGAGAGGCACGUGUCUGUAAGUCCCGCAUGAUUAACAUGCUCCUCGCUGGCGUGCGCCAUGGCCAUGGAGAUCAAGUCAACCACACGGCUCUUGAAGCACUUGGCCCAGCUCUGGCCGUUCGUCCGAUCCGAGAGGCUAAAGUUGACACUGGCCGGUGUCGGGUCCAUGCCCGCCAUAGCCAACAUCAGGCCAACAUCUUCCAAGCUGAAAAAGGCAUUGGGUUUGGAACCGAGCUGAUCGCGAGCAGUGCUGACAAUGUCGCCGUACGUGAUGAACCCGUGAUGGUCCUUAUACUCGUCAUUGAUGCGGGUCGUGAGCUGAGCAAGGAAGGCUUCCACAGCGGCUGUCGACGGAAAGAAGGCGAGGCCGACGUGAACCGCCAGGCAAGGCGCCGACCACCCGAGCAUCUGAAACCUGGGGUCCGCCCAGCAUGCCGCGCACGCGAGCAUGGCCUCUGGGCUGAAUGCUAUUUCUAUCAGUAUGAUCAAGAGCUGGAGAGGUUGAGAUGAAUGCCUCGGGCGACCUGGCCGAGGAGUAAAGAAGGCAGGAGACGGA